ACUGUGACAGCCUGUGGCUUUACAGCCGGGUGCCCAGUGCGCAUGUGCGAGAAGUGCUGCACUUUGUGAAUGAUCUUCUGGGACCUGUCCUGUCAAAUGCGGGUACCCGCUCCCCCUCCUUUCCCCAAAGGUCUGCAGUCUCUGGUCAUCUCCUGUAGUAUGUCCACAGUCUCUGGUCAUCUCCUGUACUAUGUCUGCAGUCCCUGGUCAUCUCCUGUAUUAUGUCUGCAGUCUCUGGUCAUCUCCUGUAGUAUGUCCGCAGUCUCUGGUAAUCUUCUGUACUAUGUCCGCAGUCUCUGGUCAUUUCCUGUACUAUGUCUGCAGUCCAUUGGUUAAGCAUAUUUUUUUUCUUGUUUUCCUCCUCUAA